CUUCCCUCCUCACGGAAUGGACAGUGAGUCGUGACGUAACAAUUUUUUUUCCCUCUGAAGGUAUUUAAAAUGUCCCGUGUGUUCGUUUCCAUCCAGGAACGAGUUGUUACACGGUGUGUCACUCGAUGUUGAACAUCUUUACACCCUAAAAGAAGUGUCAACUUUUUAUUUAUUUGAGCGACACGAAUUAACGAACCUCACGCACCCGGAAGUGUCAAUUGUCCGUUCGGUGUUUUUGUUUCGGCGCUCAUGUCGCCUAGGUGGCAGAGUAAUAAGAAGAAGAAGAGAGAGCAGAAUCCCGGUCUAACAUGACCACAGCACGGACAGCCCUGCACGCGCGGUGUUACUGGACACAACAGACGUGGCUCGGUGUGUUCGUCUCCGACCUGAGUUACACUAAUAAGGCGAGAGACGGACAACACACACAGACAUACAGAUAGAUAGACAGAGAGAGAGAGAGAGAGAGAGAGGGAGAGGGAGAGAGAGAGAGAGAGAUGCGGCCAGGAGUGGAAUACAGUCCGGUUGGUGAGGGUCUCGGGAUGCGCGAAUACUGGCUGUACGCGUGCAUGCGCAAAGUCGCUCUCGUGGCCGCGCAUUGUGUCGCUCUCGGCUUCACCGCGCUCAUCGGCGUCCUGUCCCGACCGGGAACCAGUCUCUUUUCUUGGCACCCGCUCUGCAUGUCGCUCGGGUUCUGCGUGUGCAUGACGGAGGGGAUCCUGCUCUUCUCAAUUGAGGGUUCUCCAUGCUGCUUCAAGUCUCGUAAAGGGAAGGUGCGCACACACUGGGUCAUACAGGUGCUGCUGCUGCUGUUUGCAGCCAUGGGCCUCGGCUUCAUGGUGGCCAGUAAGAGGAAGUCGGAGCAUCCCCACCUGCAGACGUGGCACAGCCUGCUGGGGGUCGGGACGCUGGUGGUCACGGUGCUCCAGGCGGCCUGCGGCGUGUGCCUGCUCUUCCCCAAGCUCAUCCGCACUGUUUCCGUGCCCCGGCUGCGGCUCUACCACGCCACCUGUGGUCUGGUGGCCUACCUGCUGGCCACCGUCACCAUCACCGCCGCCUUAUUCAGCGACUGGUUCCAGGCCACCGUCAAGGGGCCGAUUUGGUACGCCUUCCUGCUCCUGCCUCCCUUCCCUGCGCUAGUGGUGAUGAAUCAAAUCACAAACACCUUCCUGCCUAAGAAGAAGCUAACCACGUAAACGGUCACGACGAGCACAAACUGACGCAAUAAAAGAUGGACAUCUGCUGCCUUUACGAGUUCCAAAAUGAUCUGCAUCACUCUUGUGGUCACACUACUAGGUCUCUUUAUGACUUGAAUUUACAAAACUUUGAUGCAAUGCCCAACAAGUCUAAUUACGGUGUAAUUUUAAACAAACAUCCCGUCUGAAGAAAAAGUUAAUCACCAUGCCUCAACGCUGUCUGUAUUAAACACUUAACAACCAGGUGCAAGCUAAAUAAGCUAACUCUUAGCUUCAGUCAGUCGCUUAUGGUUGUCGUCCAUCGUCAUUCCUUUAUCAUGUUAAUUACAAUUUUAUUUGAAGACUCUGUACGUAAAAGCAGCUUCACGGGACACGUGACUCGUCUGUAUAAACGUACUUGCACACUGUGUUAUUAUAUCAUUAAGGUGUUGUUGUAUACUUUUGUGUGUUUGCUUAAAGAAUUCGGUUUUAUUUGAGAAGUACGUUUACGGAUAGAAUAACGUGUGUACACCUGUACCUUAACAGCUGUAUUAUGCCUCCGAUUAGACGUGCAUCUAUCAAAUAUUUAUGAUCAUUUUCUUACGGUAAAGUACGGCGCUAUAUGCUACAGUUUGCUGAGUUUGACAUUUCUGGUGCUCUCCUGUGGGGAGAAGGGUUGUGUUAUCCUUGAAAUGUGUGCUGCGAGUAUUUCUGGAGUAUUUCUGAGGCCCAUCUGAGGUAAAUGUUGACCUGUGGUUUUGGUAAUGAUAGCUGCCUUUAUGUAGCCUUUAAAACAGUGCCUGUCUCCAGUUAGCAAUAAUAGCUACUCCAUCGUCCCCAAUAAAAAUAUGGGCCUUGCAGUCAUGGUUACGUUUCCAAUCUCCUGUACGAAUCUACCUUAGAGAAAAAUACGAUCUAUGAGCCAAUCAGAAACAAGUAUUUUAUAAUAUAUACGUCAUGGUGAUUAUCCGCACAUUCCUAGUUGUGUGUGAGAACGUGCCUGCACUGAGAUUUACUCGUGUUCAUGUGCAUACACAAGGCAUUAAUGGUAGAGUGUAAUCAUGUAAAAUUACAUUUCCAUCAAUCAUCUAGCGUUGGCAAGAUAUCUGAUCUUGCCCUGGUUGAGGAUGUGGAGCCUUGCUGGAGAACCUUGCAAACGGAAUUUCCUUACCAUAUAUGGCAAUUUAGGGUGUUCCUGUAUGCAAAAUAAUUCAGAGAAAGGUGUAGGAUUUCUCAGUUAUGCGCCCACACACACACAUCUGGUGUACGUCCUGGUGCUUUGUACUUGUCCUUUGAUAAAUGAGACCCUCAGCUUCCCCACGAUUACCACUCAUACCCAUAGCCAGGAGGACUUCACAAUAUACACACAGCCUAGAUCACAGCGAAUAAGCUGAUGAAUCACAUUAUACGUGUAAAAACGUGCUUGUGCACAGUACACACGUGCGCACAGAUGAUAACCGAGACCCUGAGGUACUUUACCUGGUUCCGCUUCAUGUUACACACUGAAAGGAAUCACAACACAAAAACCCCUGAUGCUCUCAGAGUGAGGGUUGUAAUGUGAAUGUAUGGAGUGUUUAGGUAUCUAACCGCUCAAAAAUAGGUCAACUUUGUAUUUGCCGAACUGUGGGUGUUUUUAACGAAAGGACACUAGAUUUAAAGCCGAUUUUAACUUUUGUGACGUAAAACGAGGAUGAAAGCACAAAGUUUUUCUAAAACUACCUUACUGUACUGUUACACUUACUAAGCAGCUGAUCUCCAAUGGGUGGAUUUAAUACACUUUCCUGCUCUGGUGUUGGAUUAUUUCUUUCUGAAGAGCAUUUCUGGUACACUCUACUAAAGGCACUACAGUGAGAUUUAAUACGCACUUUCAAAGCUGAGGGAUUAAAUGGGUUCAAUGGUGAAAAUGGCAGUGAUGGUUUGUAUAAAUGUACAGCAGCAAUAAAGUUCUAUUUCAAAA